AUGCCUUCCACAUAUAAGAAGGACAAGCCCUGGGAUACGGACGACAUUAACAAAUGGGAGGUCGAACCGUUCAAGCCCGAUCAUAAUAUCGCUGGAAGUUUCGCAGAGGAGUCUUCCUUUGCGACUCUCUUCCCUAAAUACCGUGAACAGUACCUGAAGGAGGCCUGGCCUGUGGUUACAAGAGCGCUAGAAAAGCAUGGAAUCGCCUGUACUCUUGACUUGGUCGAGGGUAGCAUGACGGUCAAGACCACUAGAAAAACUUUCGACCCUGCCGCUAUUCUCAAGGCCCGUGAUCUGAUCAAAUUGCUUUCCAGAAGUGUGCCUGUCCAACAGGCCCUCAAAAUCCUUGAAGACGAUGUCGCAUGCGAUGUUAUCAAGAUCCGCAACCAAGUUCGCAACAAGGACCGUUUCGUGAAGCGUCGUCAGCGUAUCCUCGGACCAUCGGGCUCUACACUGAAAGCCCUUGAGCUCUUGACAAGCACCUACAUCCUCGUUCAGGGUAAUACGGUCGCCGCCAUGGGACCUUACAAGGGACUGAAGGAGGUUCGCCGAAUUAUCAAUGAUUGCAUGGCCAACAUUCAUCCGAUCUACCAUAUUAAAGAGCUCAUGAUCAAGCGGGAGCUUGCCAAGGACCCUACGCUGGCGACCGAAUCGUGGGAUCGAUUCUUGCCCAACUUCAAGAAGCGCACUCUUUCGAAGCGUCACACACCUUUCAAGGUCACCGACAAGACCAAGAAGGUUUACACUCCUUUCCCUCCGGCACCGGAGAAGAGCAAGGUGGACCUGCAGAUCGAGUCGGGCGAGUACUUCUUGUCCAAGGAGGCUAAGGACCGCGCCCAGAAGGAAGAGGUCAUGGAGCGACAGCGCCAGAAGCGCGAGGAGAAGAUGAAGGAGCGCGAAAAGGCCUUUGUGGCACCCGAGGAUCUGGAGGCUGCCGAAAAGGAGAAGAAGGAAAAGAAGGAGAAGAAAGAAAAGAAGAAGCGCAAGCGCGAGGCCGAGGCCGAGGCCGACGUCGACACUUCGGAAAAGAAGGAAAAGAAGAAGAAGAAGAAGAGCAAGAAGGAGAGUGCAGCUUCGGACGACGAGGCUUGA